AUUGUUACACAAGUUUGGACAGUAAGUCAUAUUUCAGGGAGGUUAAAAAAACAAAACAACACAAAAAAACGACGUAGGUAAGUAGUUUAAAGGGGUAUCGCACAGAGGGUGUCGUCAUACAAGCUAUAACGCGUUAAACGAUGACGUGUCUAUCAAUGUGAACUCGGUAGCAUAAUAUAUCUUUGAUAUACAUAGCUGGUGUCUUUAUAGUGCUGUUAUGAUUGCCCGGAGAAGGUCAAAUUGCUUUGCUGUCUAAAUUCAUUUUGCACUAAUGUAUUAAUUGCAUCUGGGAAGUGAGAUGAUAUGUUGGUUAAAAACAUGUUUUGUGGUGGGAGUUGGAUUUGUGUGCGCGGUGGGGUUUAAAUUCGCCGUUUGGGGAAACGGGCUCCAGUGUUUUUAUGUAAGUGUUUUUAUGUAGCUGUAUGAACCAGGUCAUAAAGCAGCGGCAGAGUACAGAAUACAAACACAUGACAUCGGCGCGAUCUGAUCCACUGUCUUUCGCUCAUGCAGAUUUAAUCAAGCAGCUUUGCCAGUCAUCAGAUGCAGAAUAAAAUGGUGAACGUACAAUAUGUUUGAAUGAGUUACACAGUGGCAUCAAAAACACGAGACCUAUUGAAAUGCGGAAGGAUUGCGUCUGUUUAUAGUUUAGUAAUUACUGUACACAGUAGGACAAUCACAAAAUGGCCAACGGGUCAGAAUAUUUUAAUAAACAGAGUGAUCUGGAUAGUACCUUUGUUUGUGUUGAAACAAACUGGUUUUGAUCCCAUUGUGAAUGCAAGCAAGUGCCUUGGUAACUGUUCCCAGCAAACAGAAAUGUGCGGUUUCCAUGUGCCACUGCAGCAACGCUGCUUAGGCCUAUUAACAACGCAAGAUGUCAGACAAGCUAGAUAAUCCGGUGAAGGAGGAUUUGCAGCUUUGUAUUUCCAGGACGAACAACACUGCCACGAACUGUGAAAGGAUUCCACACAUACAGGAGGAUAAAGAGCCCACAAACCGCGCAGCAAUGCGUGCGGUACACGCUUUCGACAGAUCAGCGGCUUCUCUUUGUUUUUCAUCUUGUAAACACUGGCGCAUUGCGUGCGUGUGUAUGUAUAAACACAAUGUCUUUUAAUGAACACGAUUCCAGCCCCGGCUGCUGUAAGGGUUAAAUGUGCAGGCUCUAUCGCACAUGACCCUCAUGCUUUCAGUCUGUAUUUGUUUACAUAUCCGGGUAUGCGACCAUCGCAGACACUGUCCAGCCCCGUCUGUUACUUGAUUGGAUAGCCUCGUCGCAAUCACGCAGUAACCCGCCCCCACAGUGACGUCAGCUUGUCAGCAUCCAGGCCAGGCGCAAUCAGACACAAAGGGAACAGAAAAGGACAUGCUCUCGGGUCGCAAGACAGCAGGAUCAGGACUCGGGGCUUGGACCCACAGAUACUCCGUACAGCGGGCUGUGUUUCAGCUGCAGUGUCACAAAGAUCAAUCAUGUUAUAUGUAUGAAAGUAUUCUAUUUUAAAGAACUAAUUACAUCUCGGAACCAGGCUCGCUGGUAGUGGUCUAUUUCUCCUGUGGUGUCUGUGUGGACCGUGCCACACACCCACUCCAGAACAACGACGGCUUUUGCUUGCAUUUUCCAGUGUUUUUUCUGUCAGCAAGUUCAGCAGAGUUGUAACUCUUCGAGUGCCAGCCCGGAGCUCAGCGAGGAGGAGCAGCCGCACACUGAAAUGGUGAAGAUGACAAAGUCCAAGACUUUUCAGGCAUACCUGCCAAACUGUCACAGGACCUACAGCUGUAUCCAUUGCAGAGCACAUCUUGCAAACCACGACGAGCUCAUCUCAAAGUCGUUCCAGGGCAGCCAAGGUCGAGCCUACCUCUUCAACUCUGUGGUGAACGUGGGCUGUGGGCCAGCAGAAGAGAGAGUCCUUCUAACAGGGUUACACGCUGUAGCCGACAUCUACUGUGAAAACUGUAAAACCACUUUAGGUUGGAAAUAUGAGCAUGCCUUUGAGAGCAGUCAGAAGUACAAGGAAGGAAAGUUUAUAAUUGAAUUAGCUCACAUGAUCAAGGACAACGGCUGGGAGUGAAUCCUGAGAGCUUUUAUUUGAGAACUUGGCUGCUUGUGUCUGAUUUUCUGUCCACGACUUCACAGAGAGACCCAGUGGACAGAGACACAUGUGCAGGUUGCUCCGCACAGAACUUUAAAAAACCUCACAACUGAUUCUUCUGUUGGCUCACUUGAGCCCUUGAGGUUUUUCUCUUCUUUUUUCUUCCCAGUUACAGCUUUUUGGUGUAUUCCGUUCUGUUACAGCUGAACCACUGUUCAAAGAAAACCGUUUUCACAUGACCAUUUUUUUUUCCUAAAAAAGACUCAAACAAUACCUUGUGGUUUUAGCGAGUGGCAGUCUACAUUUCUUGUGAGAGACUCUUACUGAUGGCAGACUGAUGUUACUGGUUAGCAUUUUUCUCCUUUACCUCCUGUCGUAUCUCUAGCUAUUGCUGUGCAUGCUUUCUUUGCAGUGUAAUGAUGGGAUAUUGCUGGGUAGGGAGGGAUCAGUAAUAUGUAGCACUUCAUGGUAUUUUGUAGAUGGGGAGGGGCUUGCAGUGAUGUGGUAUUUGUAUUCAUCAUAUCCCGUGUACCAUGUAUUGCUUUAUUUUCUUGACAGUGCAAUCUGCAGCCACGUCUGGUACUACACAUUACAACACCUACAUAAUUGUGACAUGAACAGGAGUGGGUACUUGGGCAACUAACCUUGUUUCAGUGGCAUUUGUGGCUGGGUCCAUGUUGCAGCGUCAGUACCAGUACUCAGUACUAGCACUGGACAGCAGGGGAACGUGAUUGAACUGCUUUCCCCAGUAAAGCAUUGCCCUGCGUCGCUGCACAAACGGCAUACUUGAAUGCAGUUAUUUCUUUUGUACUUUGCUGAGGCCAAGACUUCAGGAGAGUUUAGAGGCAAAUGUCUGUCCCUUUUGUCUGACUCUUUCAGUCUUUUUCAGUGUCUCUAUUUGCUUUUUCAUUAAUGAUUGAAUGAUUGUAAGAAAACUAAAGUAUGGGUUGACUGGUUGCUGGAAAAAUCAUCUCCCUGUAGUUUUAAAAUUGUGCUAAAUUUGCUGAAGGAGCAGAGAAUUGGUAGAAUAGAACAUUUUCACAUUACUGCCCUUUUAAAGCAUUGCCUGUUUUUUCAUUCUUAAAAACUAAACACUAAGUUGCCUCCUUUCCCUCUUUUGGAAACGCAGGAAUUUCUGGAAAAGUUUAAGUGCCACUAAAUACAAAUACAAAACCUGAUGUGACUAAUUAUCUAGAAGAUUCACAACACUUCUGCUGCUAUUUAUAUAUUUUUUGUAUAAAGAAAAAACUUAUUCUCGACCUUAACUUUAUUCUUCUGCACUUUUACUCUUUCAACAGAUGUAUUUGAAUGGCCACUGCUGUGUAAAUGUUCAUUCUGUGUUUGCCUCUCUCCAGCAUGAACCUUGUGCCUCUUCAAAAGAUCGUGUCUCCUGUUGUGCACUGCAUGAUUGGUAUGCCCUGAGAAAUUUCACAUUUAGGGUGAGUUUCUUGGGCUUCAUUCACCAAAGCCUAAACUGUACAGUAUGUUGAACAGUGUCUUGUUCACAGCAACCUCAGCAUUAUUAAUAACCAUGAUGGAAGUUGCUAUAGUACUGAAUGCCAGUGAACUUCUUGCCCCCCUCUCUAAUUGGGUGGUGUUUGUUAGGGGGUGGGGUGGGUAAAAUGUAUUGCAUUUUUUAAUUUAAUGGUGAGACACACGUUUGUAGUUCCAGUAAGUCUGAAAGUUUUAUUUCACAGAUGAAAUACUGGUUCUGUUUUUGGUGAAUUUGAAACUAGGGUGUUGCAGACUGCUGAAGGAUAGGAUGGCCAGUCUGGUUACUUGGUAUUUAUCAGCAGGACAGGUAAAAUAAAUACAUAUAAAAACAAACAAAAAAAAUAAACUACUUGAAAAAUAUACAGAAGGAAAAAUAAGAAUAAAGCAUUUUCCCUGUAAGAGUUUUAUACAUAAUAAGAACAUAUUUAAAGUUUUAUACCUAUUUCUACUGGGCAAGUUCCUUCACUUCCCUAACUUCAAGCACUUUUGUUACUGUACCUGUUGGCUUUUUUUUUCCUUUUCUGUUUGCUUUCACACUAUAGUUUUGUUUUCUUCAGAGCUGAUAGUGAGCGCAGGGAUUUGUGGCUUUUUCCUUAGAAAUUCAGAUUGCAGUAGCUGGCUCUUUCUUGGACCAGAUGAACAUUCCAUGAGCUGGUUUCUCCUGGUUUUUUCGUUGGCAGUAAAUUGGAGGGUGCUAGCAAAUCAUAUAUGGAAACAGUGUCCUGGAAAAAUCUACAAGCUGUUGUCAUUGUAAAACAAUUUGAAUGAUUUCCAAAUGAUGUGUAUUGUGGUCAUGCAUUUAAAACAUGUGAAUACAAGAGCAUACAUCAGUGAAAUGUGUAUUAUAUAGAAUUCUUGACAAUCUUGAUUGCUUUACAAAAAUCCCUUUCUAAUUGCAAUUAGAAUAAAAUCUCCCGCUCCAUAGCAUGGCUGUAAAGAAUGUGUUAGCAAGCAGUACUGUUUCUCACAUGGAAUAACUUGAAGGUGAGCUGGAUUCACUUUGAAUUGUCGUAUAGUGACACUGACUGAAGCUUAUGGCAGUAUAGCAAAUGUCACUAAAGAAUUAGAACACUGUAACCUUAGAGAUGCAGUUUUAUGCAAAGGAAAAGGAUUGUAAGUUUGAAAAGUGUUAUUUUCAUAGGACUGUUAAAAAUAUAAUAAGGUCUAAAGCAUGUUGUAUUUAUAAUAGAGUCAUGCCUGAUUUUUUUUUUUUCUUUAUUUUUCUUUAAAUGCAAAAAGUAAAUGUGCUUUUUUUUCAUUUCUCUCUUUUUUUUUUUUUUUUUGGCUACAUUGCUAUGCUGUCUUAGUAAAAAUGUAUGUCACAUUUGUCCAAUAUUUCCACUGGAUUGUAUCCAUUUCAGAUAUCACAAUAAAAUCUUUCAAUGGUA